ACUACUCUGUGUAAGUCGGUUCUGAUGUAAGUCAAAUACCUUUUUUUUAGUUUUCAUUAUUAUUGCCUUUUAUUAUCAAUAUCUUUAAAAAUCCAAUCUUUAUUUGUCUUUUGGGGUUGAUAACAUCAGCAGUUUAUGCACUGAAACAUUGUACAUACUACUAACGAUAAGAUGUACAAAAAAAAAGAUGGUUGUAAGUCUGGUUCAUUGUAACUCGAAUGUAAGUCGGGGAUUACCUGUAUUAUUAUGGCAGUGGUGAUUUUUUAAAUUCUAUCAUUCUUUGCAUUUCUUAUCUGGAAUUUUGUAAGGAAGAGCUUUUCUUUAUUUCUUCUGUUCUACCAAUAUGAACUCAUAAGUACCUCUAAAGUUUUAAUAAAUUAUACCAGGUAUUAUUUAGCUUUUUUAUGACAUAUUAACAUUGACAGAUUUACCGUUACAUGUGUGAAAGAGAAUCAUUUAAAACAGUAAUUCAAAAUCCAUUUUAAUUUGGCUUUGGGUGUAUUAUUUGCUCUUUAAAAAAAUUGGCUAAUAGUAAAACUUUAUUUUGCUCAGAAGAUGCUUGGUAAUGCAUAGCAGAGAGUAGAAAAAUAGUAACUGGCAGGAAAAGAAGCUUGCCUGGAGUUAAAGUUUUCUAAGGGCAUGGUUGUAUACAUAAUCUGAAACUAUUUUCAUUUCAAACCCAAAUGGAACCUGGGGACUUGAGAAAUGACAGAUCUUAAUUUUGAAUUUAUGUCAUGUUUUGUCCUUGUUAAUAAUAAAGGCUUUGUCUGCUUUAAAAACAAAUACUAAGAUUCUGGCAUCUUGAUAAGAAUAUAUAUAAUUUGUCCCCCAAAUGGGUCCUGUGUCUUGAGUAUCUAAAAAAUACCUUUUAUGUUUAGGUAUCAGAUUACUUUCUGCCUUAGGCUAUAACCAAUAUACACAUGAGUUUUAAAAAUAAAAACAAUUAGCUCAAAAUUAAAGGCUUUGUGAAAAUUAGUGUUUUGUGGAAAAUCAGUAUUUUUACUUCAUACUAAAAUAGUAAGAACUCACCUUUAUCUUUCAGUAAUACAGCAAAACAAAUUGCAGUUUUGUAUAAUAUGCUUAUAAGAUAAUUGUUGGACUUUGGGUUUGAAGAUGCUACUAUAAAGCUGCCAUUUUCUUCUUUUGCUUUCAGGCAGUUAGCUAAAAACAACAAAGAGAGGGAAAAACUAAAACACAAACUCCAUUUUCCACUAAACUGGAAGACAGCUAAAACUGCAAGCCAUAAAAUAGGUGGGAUUGUUGCCAGAAGCAGUGGAGAUUAAGUAGGGUGCACGUGGGAAAAAGUAGAGAGAGGAUUUCACAGCUGCAGAGCUCACAGCCAGCAACAAAUGCUUCCUGAAGGUGUUGACUUUAAGGUGAAAACAAUUUCAGUGGAUGGAAAUAAGGCUAAACUUGCAAUAUGGGAUACUGCUGGUCAAGAGAGGUUCAGAACAUUAACUCCCAGCUAUUAUAGAGGUGCGCAGGGUGUUAUAUUAGUUUAUGAUGUCACAAGAAGAGACACCUUUCUUAAACUGGACAAUUGGUUAAAUGAACUGGAGACAUAUUGCACGAGAAAUGAUAUAGUGAACAUGCUAGUUGGAAAUAAAAUUGAUAAGGAAAACCGUGAAGUUGAUAGAAAUGAAGGCCUGAAAUUUGCACGAAAGCAUUCCAUGUUAUUUAUAGAGGCAAGUGCAAAAACCUGUGACGGUGUACAAUGUGCCUUUGAAGAACUGGUUGAAAAGAUCAUUCAGACGCCUGGACUGUGGGAAAGCGAGAACCAGACCAAAGGAGUGAAACUGUCCCACCGGGAGGAAGGUCACGACGGCGGGGCGUGCGGUGGUUACUGCUCGGUGGUAUAGACUUGGGAGAGAUCCCCCUUCGCACACGCAAUCAGAUAGUGACAUCUUUCUGUAUAUAAACUCUUUAACUGCUCUGUUAGGGACCUUGCAGUUUGCACACGUUUGUUUUGUAUCAUGACAGUAAAUAUUUGCAGGAAAUCCCACUCAUCGGCUUUCCCAGGUAACAUGGUAAGCAUGCAGUUUGCAGUCUGCCGUUUUUUUAUGUGACAUAAAAUAGGUGUACCUUUGUAAGUACAUUUGAUUUUAUGAUUUACAUUUAUCAUGUAAUUUUUUAAAAAAUCCAUCUAUUUAGUAUAUGUUGAUACAAGAUCUUUUAAAAAAUCCAUCUAUUUAGUAUAUGUUGAUAGAAGAUCUGCUUUUGAUCUCCUUUUUGCUUAAAUCCUUCUAUUGAUUAUUGAAUUACUUGGUAUGCAGAACUCCCAGAAACACUGGGGGGUAUGCAUAUAUCAGCAAACCUGACAAGUUUUCUUUCAGGAAUAACAAAGAGCAUGAUUCCACAGCUUUUCUAGGAUGUUUGCUGACAGAUUCUCUUUUAGUAUUAAGAAAAAUUCUCAUUACAGAAAGUAGCCCAGGCCAAUUUAUAAUUAAAUCUCUAUUUGUUCUGAUGAUGCUUCUAAACUAGCAUUGGUAUGUUAAAAAAGUUUGGUCUUACUUUUUAAUUUACUUCAAUUAGUAACUUAACUAUUUAAGUAGAGUUUUAAUCCCGUGGUGUGUACAUUGGACUCCUGGCUCUUUCGUGCAGCGUUUUUAGUUCUGUGGUGGUUGGCAGUGACAGUAAGCUUUUCCCCGUUUUGGUUUCAGAAGGACAUGAAUAGUGUGUUCACCGUAACUCACAGAGUUCUUAUGACUUUUAAAACCAACUCCCUUUUUUCAUAAAUGUUGUUAGUGUUUGUCCAAGUACCUCAGUUGUAACUUGUUGAAUGUUUAUGAAUAUCAGUAUCUUGACUUCGUAAAUGGCUAGUUGACAUUCAAAAACCUAUUUCUGUGUUUUGAGAGGUGGGAGGAAAAAUAACACUAAAUGACAGUUUGAGAAGGGCAUAUUGCAUCCCGAUUCUGGUGUGGGUGGGAGAAUACUGUCGCAAUGAAAAUCUUGAUAAUUUACCGUAACAAGUAGCCAACAGCUUUACCAAACCAACUUGUACAGACUGAUAAAUCUUUUCCACAGUAUUCAUUUUCUAACCUGUUGCUGUUGUACAUUAUAUAUUUAUUUUCACUCAUUUAAUUUACCUUGAUCUCUGACGUUUUAAUCACCAAAAUAAAUUGUCCUUUACGGCCGGUCACUGUAAUACCCCUCAGUAAGAUUCUGGUAUUAAUUUCUGGGCAGUUUGUUCUCUGUAUACAGUCGCAACUGAUGAGCAUUUUUGUGGGUCACCUUUACAACACGUGUUUUAUUGGAUUUACUUCAAGUUGGGUUCUUUCUGAAAUGUACAUCUUCACGUAUGAAAACCUCACAUUCUACUUGGUUAACGCUUGUUAGACUAUGUUACAUGUGAUUAAAGGUUUUAUACAGUCUGUACACUUUUACUAAAUAUAAAACAUUCACUACUAUAAUGUUGGAGAAAGGUAGCUAACACCGUGUACUUAUGAUUUGUUGUGUAACAUUAAAACUUCGGAUUUGUAUGUUUAUAUGGCGUGUGUAUUGACACAACUUCUCUGUUUAUUGCUUCUGGCUCCUUGAGCUACAAUAAUCUUCCUUUCUGUGCAUUGGAUUGUUGUCUUGAUUUGGUCAGAAUUUGGAUACAUAUGAGUCACUUGAAUAUAACUUAAAAAACUAAUGUUGUUUGAUUUACAUUGUAACCUUUUAUAGUUUUUGAAUAAAUAUAAUAGCCUGCUUUCCCUAGAUGCGUUUGUGUAGGAAGUAUUAUACAUUUCCCUAUUACUCUCAUCAGCUAAGGACCACCUGAAUACAGUGUUAUUCAAAUUUUAUUAUAUUAGUUGGCUUUCAUUUUACUAUUUUGUUGCACUUAUUUCAUAGUGGAGGUUUCAUAAGUGAGGCGGUUAUAAUACCUAAAAUCAAUCACUUCAGUAAAUGAGGGUUUUGUUAUUCUUUUCAGAAACCUUUAAAUAGUCUUAAAGUGCCUUUUGCAGAUGGUACAAAUUAGAACAAUUAGAAUAUAGUGUUUUGAGUUCUAGGCAUACUGACAUAGACCUAAGCAAAUAAAUAAUUAACUGCAUUAAAUUUCUAUUAAGAGUAAUAGUUAACAUUUAUUGAAAGCUUCCUUGUUGCCAGGUGCUGUUCUAAGUGCUGAAUUAUUAAACCUCACAGCAGCCUUCCCAGAUUGGUACUCUUCUUAUCUCCCUCUUAAAGAUGAGGAUACUGAAACCUAGAUAUGUUAGAUAACUUCCCAGAGACCGCUUAGCUAAUCAGUGGUGGAGCUGGAGUCCAGGGAAGGGAUUUUCACUCCUGAGCCUGUACUCUUAACCACUGCUCCUUUUAGUAUGACCAGUUACUAGCUUUUUGUGGUAACCCUGCAGGUUUAAGGUAGUUCCCGUUUCUUUAUCACUCUCUUUAUUAUAUGUAAUGAAAUUAUUUCAGAUUUAUUGGUUAUAGAGUGAAUCCUGUUGAUGUAAGACAGCCCUGUAAGUCAUUUGACCUAAGAGUAGAGUAGGUGGUCUCUUAGUCCUAUUACCUUCUGAGGGGGGGAAUGAAAAUCCCUGACUUAGAAAAGGUACAGAGUGAGGGCAUUUAUGGCACCUUAACUUCCUUUUUGUAAUUAGAUGUGGGAACAGUCUUUUACUUGAAAUUAAAAUCUAGUGAGUGUUUUCAUUUCAAGUACUUAACUGCUGUCUACAAACUCAUACUUGGCAUUGAGCUUCUAAUUGAGUGCAGUGAAAUUAGACUUAAUUUUGAUUCAUUGUAGUUUGCAUACUCAAGAAAUAUGCAUGAUUCUGUACUAAGUGUGGUACUGAUCCAUAGCUCAUAAGAGGACUCUUCUACACCAGUACUUAGCUUACUGUGGGAUGGUACAGACUUAUAUCUACAUUUUUAAAUACAGCUUAAUGUGUACUUUUUCUAACUGAUUUUCAGGUGAACUGGGAUAAUCCUUUAGGUACCAUAAACUGUAGGUCUUCUCAUUAUUCAAGCGUCAUCCUUCUAUUCCUUGGGGUCCAUUUUGCCAGUAAUACUUAAGACGUGUUUUGUCCCUUACGUAUUUUCCAUAGUUAGAUAUAAGAUAUUUUACUGGUUAUGAUCCCAACUCUGUGGAAGAAAAUCAGCUAGAGACUUCACUGUAGGUUUUGUCUGGAAUUGUUAAGAGGAUAGAUAGAGGUAAUGGUCUGAGUCAAGACUUGGGGCUAUUAAAUAUAAAUUUACCUAGGAAUCCCUCUCUCUCUUUUUUUUUUUCUUCAAAAUUGCAGCAUCUGUCAGGCUGGAGAAAAAAAGUCAACCUGUUACAUUUGGGGCUUUAAAUUUUACUGUUGCUGCUAAUUUACCGUUCCAUAUUUAGGAAUAAGUAAUGUUUCUGAUUAUAAAAGUGGUGUAAAGUCACCCUCUUGGUUAAAGCUGUUUCAUACACACAGACACACAUGCUGGUAGGGUAUUUCUUUUUUUCAAUCCGAUAGCAGCAAAUUAUGUGAUUGUAUUUGUGUUUAUUUGAUUACUAGUGAGACUGAGCACUUUAGUAUAUUUAUUGGAUAUUUGUAUUACUUUCUUUAAUUCUUUGCUCCCAAUACCACCACUCAUUUUUUCUUUGGAUAACUACCCCGCCCCAUUAUCACAUGUGGUUUGGGUGGGAUUGUUGCAACCCCAGCUCUAGGCUUGGCCUGGCCUCCUUCAGCCAGUGCUGUCCCCGCCCCUGGCCAUAGUGAAUGGUUCAGGGAUAGGCUUUUGGCUCCACUCAGGCUACUGAGAUACAAGGAGAUGUUUGCUGAGGAUUCCUCAGGAGCUGCUGAAGAAGACAGCUUCUUGGAGGUAGUGCAGCGUGAGGGUUCAGGUUCUGAAUGUGCUGCAGCCAGUUUCUCUCCCGUAAGCGUUCGAGCCCGCCUGAUGGCCACACCAAGAAAAUGAGGGAAUGGAAGCUGGCGCGCUGAUGCAUUCUGGAAUCUCUGCAUCAGAUCAGACCUGAAGUCGUGUCUGUUUCUGGACUUUUCACUUACAUGAGUCAAUAAAUUUCUUACUUGUUUAAAUGUUGGAAUUGAGUUUUCUUGCAAAUGCACGUGUGCUGUGUAAGUGUAUGUUUUUCUCAUUUGUACAUUGAGUCCAGUAUGUUGAUAAUCAUUUACAUAAGGAAGAAAAUAAAACCACCACUCGAAAAGCCACUCUGCUCUUAAGUGACUGUUAGCAGUUUCGGGAGGUCACGUUCAUGUUUCUUCAUGGAUUGGGGGGUGUGUGUGUGUGUAUCUGCAUGUACACGAAUGCACAUAUAUGUGUAUACGUAUGUAUGUAUACACACACACGCACACACACACAUUGUAUAAAUGCUGUUUUAAGGAGCCCUUAUAGGUUCUUUUGCUUUUAGAUUUAAUUUCCUUUGUCAUCGGAAAACUCCCUCUCCCAUUUCCCGCCUGAGAUAAUCAGUGUUACAGUCUGACAUAUGUGCCCUUUCUGCAUUUCUUCAUGUCCCUGUAAUUGUGUACACACACAUACACGUAUUAACUGUUUAUGUUACAAAAGUGGGAUCAUCUGCAUACUAAUCUCUGCGUGUGCUUUUCUUUCCUAACAAUAGAUUUUGAAAAUCUCUCCAAACCAGCUUAUGUACAUCUAACUUGCCCUUUUUAAUGAUGAUAACAAUAUUCCAUGGUAUGGAGGUACCACAAUUUAUUCAUCCGUCUGUGAGUGAUCAUUUACCAUGUUACCUUUGUUUUAGGCCCCUGAAGAUGGUGCUGUAACAAGUGUCUUUGCACAUCUUUUUGUUUGUUUGGGUUAAGUGUCUUAAGAGCUGGAUCUGUGGGUCAAACAAUGUGUAUUUUUAGUUUUGAUAUGUUUUGUAGGUUGCUUUCUGAAUAUCUGUAACAGUUUACGUUUCCACUAGCAGUAUAUGAAUGUGUAAUAUUCCCCUGCGUUUUCCGGCAGCAGCAGGAGGUGUUCGUACAUUUUAAUUUUUUGCUACUUUGAUAUUUGUAAGGUGUGAUUUUGCUAUUACUUUAGUUUGCAUUUUCUGUGGAGCAUUUUUUUCGUGUUUGUAGGCCAUUUGGAGUUGCUCUUCUGUGAAAUGAUUAUUCAUAUCUUUGCCAAUUUUUCGGUUCCGUUUUUUGUGGUUUUGUUAUCAGUGAUAUGGCCUCUGUGUAGAGUUCAGAUGUUAACCCUAGUGUGUGGUACAGGCAUUUUCCUUUUAACCUAAUGUUUGCCUUUUGGCUUUGUUAUGCUAGGUUUUUGCUUAAAAAAAUUAUUUUUUGUAUUUUAUAGCUUCUGGGUUCCCCAACUCUUAGAUUGUACAUACCAUCUCCUAAACGUCUUCUGAGAUUUUUGUUUUAUGUUUUGUUUUUAAACUUUUAUUGUACCUGGAAUGCACUUUUGUUUAUGGCACAAGGCAGGGAGCUGUCUUGUUCUUCAUAUGGAUAACUGGUUGUGCCACUACCGUAUAUUAAAUCCUUUUCCUACUGAGUUGUCGUACCACUUUGUCCUGUACUAAAUUACUGUACGUAUUGGAGUCUACUUUGCAUAAGUACUUGGAAUCUACCAUAAAUACUAAAAUCUACCUUGCCUGUUGGGUAAUCCACCCCUGCACUUACCUCUCACACAGUUACAGCAUCACGAUGACAGGAAUACUAUUCAAUCACUCUUACAGAAUGGCUUCAGGAUUACAAUUCCAUAGAACUACCAGCCACGGACGUCCUGAGAAAAGUCAAAAUUUAUUUGCAUUUCUGUCCUUAGAUAUUAUCUCACUAUGGUUGUACAGUCAGAAGUGUUCCAAUUAUUUGAGUAAUUUUUUCUGUGUAGUUUUAUUACAUUUGGAUAUAAUAAGUCCAUUUGUUUCUGCUUGCCUUCAAUUUCUGUCAUUGUUGUUAGGAGGCAUCGAGUUGAUUUCGACUCUUAGCAACCCCAUGGGACAGAGUAGAACUGCCCCGUAGGGUUUUAUUGGCUAUAAUCUUCACAGGAGCAGAUCACCAGGUCUUUCUCUCAUGGAACUGCAGCCUUUGGUUAGCAGCCGAGUGCUUAACCGGUACACCACCAAAGGCUCCUUUGCCCUCAGUUUUAGGGUUUAGUUUUCCCAUCCCCUUUAGUUUUAUUUGUGAAUAAUUAAAAGAGAUGAUUCAGAAGUCAGUACUGUAUAAAAAGAUGUGUCGGAGAAGUUGAGUUCCUAUCCUGUUCACUCCAUCCUGCUCUCAUUCCCCAAAUGUGGUCAUUAUCAUUAGGUUCUGGUUUAUUCCUCCUGUGUUUUCGUUUCUAUUUUUGCAAAAAUUAUGCAGUAUUCUUUUUUCCAUCUCUUACACGGUGGUGGUUGUUAGGUGCCGUGGAAUCAGUUCUGACUCAUAGUGACACCAUAGGACAGAGUAGAACUGCCCCAUGGGGUUUCCAAGGAGCAGAUGGUGGCUUUGAACUGCUGACCUUUUGGUUAGCAGCCAAGCUCUUAACCACUGUACCACCAGGGCUCCACACAAUAGUUAGCAUACUACAUAUGCUCUUGAACCUUGCUUUUUUCUCCUAACGUAACCUGAAAAAUUAUAUAUGAUCAGUUCAUAGAGCUCUUCCUCAUUCUUGUUAUAUGGUUGCACUCGCUCCAUGGUGUGGAUUACAUAGUUCGUUCAAACAGUUGCCUAUGAAUGGGCGUUUGGAGUGUUUGCAAUUACAAAUAAAGCUGCAGUGAAUAACUUUGUAUGUUUCGUAUUUGUGGAGGAUGCAUUCCUAUGGCAAUUUUUAAAGUCACCUUUAUUGAGGUACGUUUUACACAUAAUAAAAUGCACUCAUUUUAAGAGAUGAGUUUUAUACUUGUAUAACUUGUGUAAGAGCCCCAGGGCACAGUGGUUAAGA